AAUCGCUGGGUCCUGGCUGGCAAUUCCCAAAGCUGACACAGGGGAGAGACCUGGACAUACUGCUUUAUAUUUCUCUGCACAGCAGACAGAUACAAAGCAGGAUGUCAACCAAGUAAAACAGAACACAAUGUAAAACACAUACAGCACACAGUUUACCCAGAUGUUAACCCCUUCCUGCCCAGUGUCAUUAGUACAGUGUCAGUGCUUUUUAUUAGCAGUGAUCACUGUAUUAGUGUCACUGGGGAUGUCAGUGGCAGUUAGUCAGUUUCCACCUAGUGCCAGAAUGCCCGCCGCAGUCCCCCUAUAA